AGCCUCGCUUGGGGGCUCAGUCGAGUUUUAGCACUCGGUGUUCAUUUACUGUAAAUAACGUGUUUAAAGAUGGUGUCUAGAAUUUUGGUUAUUGCUUUGGUUGUUUGCACCGCGAACGCCGCAAUGUGGAUGAGAUUCUUGCCUGAGAAACCUAAGGACUUAGCGCACAAAGAAGGCUGUUACAUUGAAGAGAUCAAUGAUGUCGUGCCGUUUGGCACUGAAGUCAAACCUAUCGGCAAAUGUGUCGGGAUAGACUGCGAGAAUUCAAUGAUUACCUAUGCAUCAUGUGGCGUCAUUGACACAACCAGUAACAACUGCUACGUCACAAAAGAAGAUCUUAGCAAGCCAUACCCAGAGUGUUGUCCUAAAAUUAAAUGUGAUUUUGAAAACAACGUUUAGUUUUAUAACUGUUUAGGUUAGUUGCAUAUCUGAUUAUUAUUAUGCUGGCAUUUCAAAAGAAAGAGACAUUGGGAAUGUCCAAUGUAAUAAAAAAGAUAUGAGUGACAAAGAUCAAGAAAGAGAAUAAAGUGGUGCUCUAAAUGUGAGACGUACGUGAAGAUGCCUUGUCUUUAAGUGGAAGUGAGAAGACGAAACACUACAAAUUGAUCUGAAGGAAGUGCAAAACUAUUGACAAUCCACACCAAAUGUAGCGAGUUCAUAUCAUUUAUACACGAAGAUUACGGUGGCUCAAAAAUAUUGCAAUACAGCAACUUCACAAUUUGACAACGCAAUUAAAGCAAAUCGCAAAUUCAUUAGAAAAUGAAAUAAAUAGAUAAUGAGAGGAUUUACCCUCAGCACCGAAUUCAAAUUAUUAAACAAGGACGAAGAAAAAAUCAGCGAAAGGCGAAAUGGAGCAAGUACAAAGGAAAUUAACACAUUCUGAGUAUGGGAAAGCUGAGAUACAUAGAAGGGAAUGCGAUGCCAACAUUAUAAUUUCGGAUGUCUUAUUAAGACUUAUUAGAUAGAGUUCCUUUAAAAUUGAUCGGAGUGGUGAUAAGUGACUCCGAUUCUAGAAGCUAUCUUGCCACCAAAUUGUUGAGUUUAUUUAUUUUAUUAAAUUAGAAGUUAUUUUGCUA